AUAGACCGUAGCUUUGUUUAUUUGCAUAUGACUGACCGCUCCUCCCUAUAAAAGACCGCGCGCACUUCUCCUGCUUUAGCUGCUCGCGCAUGGAAUGACUGUAAGGACGCACAUCAAGAGGAUCUUUUAACAUGUUAUGAGAUCGAUCAACUGCUGAAAGUACAUCAGAGAAACACACAUCAAGGUUUGGCGAUGCAGUGUUUGCGUGGCUAGUGCUUGACAACAAGCCAUCAUUUCCUUUUGGAUACUUUGGAUAAUUCCCUCUCGGUUUCAUCGAGCUCUUGUCCAAACCUUUUUUAGUAAUGGCAUUUGCCAUGCUGCGGCCCAUAGCGACUCAUCUAGCGUACUCGGAUGUUGCCAUGAUGUCCGAGGAUGAGGAAAACCGCAGCGAGAGCGACGGCAGCUCGGAGCAGAGCUACGGUUGCUGUCCCAGUGCGGAGAAGCGGCGGCGGAUGACACUCAAGUCCACGGUGGGCGGUGUGGUUAUAGUAAAGCAACGGAACGCAGCGAACGCGCGGGAACGCGAUAGGACGCAGAGCGUCAACACCGCUUUCACGGCGUUACGGACUCUUAUUCCCACCGAGCCAGUAGACAGAAAGCUGUCAAAGAUUGAGACUCUGCGCUUAGCCUCCAGUUACAUCUCACAUCUGGCCAAUGUGCUCCUGAUAGGGGAUGGAGGAGAGGACGCGCAGCCGUGCGUGAGCGCGGUGUACAGCGCGCAGGGCGACAGCGGAGGAAAGCAGCCGCGCACCAUAUGUACUUUCUGCCUCAGCAGCCAGAGAAAAGGGAUAAAGGACGGGACUGACUGCGUCCGCAUGCGGGGAAUCACGUCAUUGCGCGUGACACGCCGGUAGCAGCGGCAGCAGCGCGUGAGAUGAAACCGCCACUCAGGGAGCGCGAGAGGUGAGCGAGAUUCCUCGCGACGGAGAUUUUCGGAAGACUCGCCAUUCAAACAAGCGUUGGUUUUUGUAUUUGUACUUUUCUGUGUGUGUUUUGUACAGAGAUAUACGAACAUUUAAAAUGCAGUGCAUAAAAUAUAUUUUCCCUUUUCGUUUUCUUUUUUAAAAAGAGAAUUUAUACAUUUUAUACACAAAUUGUGAGAACACCAUGGUGAAAUAAAAUAUAUUUUUUCAAAUUUCAAA